ACUGUCCAGUUUGCCGGAUGUUUUACAUCUGAGCUGCAGGAUUAAAGUAUUUACUGGCCACAGGUGCUCCCUAAAGAAGGGCGGAUACAUUUGCGAGGACGCGCCAUCAAACCAAAAUGUCCUCAGCGACGUCCAGACGGAACAGUAGCCGUGGGACCCGCGCAUCAUUCGAGUGCCAUGUCCGCCGCCGAGGCUCCAGCUGUUCUUACGUCUCCUCUGGAGCCCCAACCGAGGACUUUGCCGUCAGUUUAAGUCAGCCGAUGUUCGCCAUAGCGCUGCGUUUUUUGCUGGCGAUAGAUCUGUGGCUGUCCAAGCGGCUCGGCGUGUGCGCCUGUGAGGAGUCUCCGUGGGGCAGCAUACGGCCCCUGGUGCGCCUGGUGGAGUUCUCCGGACAUGUCAUCCCGUGGCUCAUCGGCACCCUGUACACUCUUCUCCGUGGAGAGACGGCGGCGGAGCAGGAGGUCAUGCUGAAUUUAGCCCUGGCUCUGUUGUUGGACCUGCUGCUGGUCAGAGUUGUGAAGACUCUGGUGAGACGUCGGAGGCCUGCACAGAACCGCUCUGACAUCCUCUCCACCUUCUUCGUGGAGCGUUACUCAUUCCCUUCAGGCCAUGCCACACGGGCCGCAAUGUGUGCUCGGUUCUUCCUGGCCCAGCUGGUGGACACAGCCUCCAUGCGGGUGCUGGUUGUGGGCUGGGCCGUCCUAGUGAGCCUGUCCCGGCUGCUGCUCGCCAGACACUAUGUGACAGAUGUGGGCUUUGGCUUGGCCAUGGGUUACUGUCAGUACAGCUUGGUAGAAAGGCUGUGGGUGACCUGGGACUGCCUUCAGGACGUACUGCUCAUGCGACUGCGAGAGAGACUCAACAGGGCUUAUGGUGGUCUCUGGAUGGCAGCUUGGAAACAUUAGGUUUGGUGGAGCUGUGUGGUGUGUCAACAUGAGUCUGUGUAACUGAAACAUUGAAUUGAAUUGUAUCAAAGUGACUCCAGUAUUUCUAUGUUCUAUGCAAGAAUUAGGUGGCAAUAUUCAAAUUGAUGGUGUGGGCUGUCACUGGCAAGUUGUUCAUGCAAAUUGUUUGCACCACAAACCUGGUGACUAAGUCACAGCCUGAAACCAAAGCUAACGCUAACUAAACCUUUUUUUAA